AUGGCGGGGAUGCUCUACCUGCCCCGGCUCUACGUCUAUCACGCUCGCGCCGAGACGGGCUCAGAGCUUUCGGAGACCCUGAAGGUCAUGGAGCGGCGCCUGCUCCGGGCGAUCAUCAACCCGGCCAUGGUGGCGACCUUCGCCUUCGGUGGCGCCUUGCUGGCGCACCCGGGCUCGGUCGACUGGUCUGGCGAUAUCUGGAUCUAUCCUAAGCUCGCCCUGGUGGCGCUGCUCGCUGCGUAUCACGGGUUGCUCGCGCGCUGGCGCCGCGACUUCGCCGCCGACCGCAACCGCCGCAGCGAGCGCUUCUUUCGCAUGAUGAACGAGGUGCCGACGCUGGCCAUGAUUGGAAUCGUCGUUUUGGCUAUCGUCAAGCCGUUCUGA